CCGCCUUCUUUGGGAGUAAGUCACGAGGUCACGAUGAGUGGUCCAGUGGAGAAUUUUGUCGCAGACAAAAACAAACGUCUCCAACUUAUCGGGACAGAAUAGCACACGAGGAACCCACCACCACGAGCAACAGAUUGAAUUCAGGAGUCACAGCAAUGGCAGACAGCGAGAAGACAAAUCAGGCUGCAGAUGCAGCUAACGGGGAGCAGCAGAAUGUUGUUUCUCGAGUCGGCAAUUUGCCACUGGUGAGUUCGGCUUGCGGAGCGGUCUGCAACGCUUACACGAGCACCAAAGACAGCGUGCCCAUGCUGAAGGGAGUGAUGGAUGCGGCCGAAAGUGGCGUGCGAACCCUCGGAGCGGCUGCCGCCACCGGAUCCAAGCCUCUUUUGCACAUCAUUGAACCACAACGUAGGUUGAAUGAAUACGCAAUGAAAGGGCUGGAUAAGAUGGAGGAGAAGCUGCCUAUUCUUCAACGGCCAGCGGAAAAGGUGGUGUCAGACACACUCGGGAUGGUGUGCCAGUCGGUGACGGGAGCAAAAGAUGCCGUGGUCGGGGUUGUGAUGGGCGGUGUGGAGAAGACCCGGGCCGCUGUCAGUGAAGGCAUCAGCACCGUAAUGGGCACCAGCGUGGGCCAGAUGGUCAGCAGCGGCAUGGGCCUGGCCCUCACUCGUUCCGAGGACUGGGUGGAGCAGAACCUGCCACUCACCGAGAGAGAGUUGGCUGCCGUGGCUGAACCCAACACUUCCCGAGGGACGAUCUCAUCAGCCGGCCCCAGUUACUUUGUCCGUCUGGGCAACCUCUCGACCAAAGUGCGGGAGCGAGCCCUUCAGCAAUCUCUGGUGCGCGCACGACGAGCCAGAGAAGCCACGCACGCGGCGGUGACCCAGAUGACCAGCACGCUGGACCUGCUGGAGACGGCCCGUACGAGUAUGGCUUCGGGCAGCAACCAAAUAGGGGGCGCAAUUGAGCAACUGCAGCAGCGCUGGACCGAGUGGAGCCAGAAGCAACCCGGAAAUGGGCAAGAUGAAUCUGAUGGGAGCCAGAAUGAGGCGGAGCGGUUGGAGUGGCGCGUGCUCUCCAUGGUGCGAGGUCUGAGCGAGCAGCUGCGCUCGGCAAGCUCCAACGUGGUGUCGAGCGCUCAGGGACUGCCAGGAGCCGUGCAGGAGCAGCUGACCAGAGCGAGACGCUCGGCCGACGAGCUGCAAGCCUCUCUGUUGGACACCAGCGCCCUCACGCCCCUCCUUCUGGAGGGGAGCCGUCACCACUUGACCCAAGUUCAACAGUCUCUGGAUGGCGUCACGGAGUAUUUGCUCAACAACACGCCACUCAACUGGCUCGUGGGACCCUUUGCACCCAUGGUCACGGAAAGGAUGGCGGAAGUGACGCAGCCGGCCGGGUCGCCCUAGCAAAUUUCAAAAGCUUUUUCAGUUGUGUUUUAUUUUUUUGCAUUUUCAAUGGCUGUAUUACAUAGCAGUGAUGAACAUGAAUAAUUAACACUGCCGAAGAUGUUUUGAAUUGCCUGUAUGAAUACUAAUAACCCUAAAUAUAACCCAAACUGCGAUCCCACAACAUUGUAAUCAUUUCAAACUCAAUUUACAGAAUUACACUUCAAAUUAAAUGCCUGAAAUGGACAGAGGGAUAACAAAUACAUGAAUUUGGGGGGGGGGGGUUAAAGUGGACCCGACUAUUUGUGGGUGAUUAGGGCGGAUUAAUUCACAAUCAAAGAUUUGAUUGUCAAUAGAUACCACAAGAUGGCAGCAAAGUACAUUUUCUAUUAGGCAAAGCAAUAGCCUGACUCAAUGAAGCUUCUUGCUCGCCUCAACACAGUCCCCUGACCUCAAGAUGCCACAGCAAAAUACUUUUUUAAAAAUAUAUAUGUUAGAUGAGUCUAUCAAAAACUAAAUGCGGGUUGUAAUGUCACUGAAGACUUCAAGCCCAACGUGACAGGGUGGACAGCAAUUUCAGGGACACGUGAAACUCUUCCAUAUGACCAUGAAAAAUGGAAUCCACAUCAUU